AUAUAUAUAUAUAUAACUUAGCAGAUAAAUGUUGGCUUUGGUGGUGGGCAGAAUGGCCUAACUUUUUAUCAUCUAGGCUUUUUAUCAUCACCUGCACCAGCCUUCAGAAGAGGAAACAUAAUCCAGAGAUGAGAAGCUUUGAGAGGAGAGGGGUGAGGCAGUACAACAGAUCGGAAGCCCCUCGCAUGCGAUGGACCGAGGAGCUCCACCGCCACUUUGUUGAAGCUAUCAAUUGCCUCGGAGGACAGAAAAAGGCAACACCAAAGCGUAUCUUACAGUUGAUGGGAGUGAAAGAACUGAGCAUAUCUCACGUUAAAAGUCAUCUGCAGAUGUACAGAAGCAUGAGCAACCAUGCCAACCUCAAUGACUUCCCAUCCAUGAUGAACCUGAACAAGCAAAAGAGGGUGCAGCGAUGCAAUGUCGAUGCCUAUAAUUCAAGCAACUGUGCAGCUCCACAUCUAAACUGUAGCCUCAGUCACCUACAGUCAAUUCAAAUACAAUCAUUUGAUGAACUGAUGAGAGAUUUGGCAAUAAAUAACAUAGCUUAUGAUUCAAAAAUUGACUUCAGACAAACAAGAGAUACAGCGAGCCAGCACAACCAGUUGCUUCUGGCAUCCUAUACUCAUGAAAGAUUUUCUGGGUUGGAGGGUGGAUGGUGGCGAUCAGAUCAUGUUUCUCAAAUAGAAAUGCCCGAGAGAAAAAUUGACUGUGAGCUGACUCUUUCAUCAUUAAACUAUCAGAUGCAGAGGGGUGGUGAAGAAACAAGUGAGCUGGGAUCAAGCAUCGAGUCCGAUACAAGCGAAGAGUUCCCCAUGUCAAAGAACACAAGUCAUGAGAAGAACCAUUUGAACUUAGAACUGACAAUCUCAUCACCUAAUUGUUCUUGAUAUGGUUUCAAAACUCAUAGUUGUUCUGCAAGGAAAGAGUAUAGUUGACAGAUAGUUGAAGGCCAGCAGUAUGUAGUUGGAUAGAGUAAGCUCAUGGGGAAGAAAAUGAGAGUUCUUGGAAUGUGAGCUAAUAUCAAAGAGCUGCGAACCAAUUUUGUCAUAGAGACCAGGAUAUAUCUGAAUAGUACAGCUCUCUUCAACAUAUCAUAGGGAAUUUAGAGAGAGAGAGAGAGAGAGAGAGGAUGUUGUGGGGCACUUUGUUAGACAUGGAAGAACAUAUUUUGUAUGUUGAAGUGCAUUUGGCCACUUUGUAUAGGCAUGGCAGAACAGAUUUAUAUAUACUGAAAUGCAUGUAUUAAUGUGUGUUUCAUUA